ACUCUGCACUGCACAUGGUGCACAUCUGGUAAAACCACAUGUUGGAGAAGAAAACAGGAGCCAUAUGCACUGCAUGUGAGCAGUGGUUUUAGCUCCCCAUGGGACAUUGUUUUCUGCUUGCUUGCCAUGAUGUGACCUCCAUUUGCCUUUCUCACACAGCGACAUGAACCCUCCCAGCUUCCCAUGCCAUGUGUCCCAGAGCCCAGGCACUGCACUGUGUUGAGAGUGCUUCCAGCUCCACAGUGGGACAAGGAACAGGCAGGAGAUGAGGAAACACAACUGAAGCCUUUCCUGAUUGAAGUUCUCUCCUGCAGCUCCUGCAACUUGAGCUGCACCCAGGUGGUGGAGCUGUACACCGUGGGGCCAAAAUAAAGCAGCUCAAUGACACCCAAAAGGAAGUUACAGGGACUUGUAGCUGCUACAAUCACUCCAAUGACUCCUGAUGGACAAAUUAACCUUUCUGUGAUCCAUCAAUAUGUGGAUUAUCUGGUGAAUGAGCAGAACGUGAAGAAUGUAUUUGUGAAUGGUACCACGGGAGAAGGACUGUCCCUCAGCAUCCAGGAGAGGAAGCAGCUGGCAGAAGAAUGGGUGUGCCAAGGACAAAACAAACUGGAUCACGUGAUCAUUCAUGUGGGAGCACUGAGUCUGCCAGAAUCCCAGGAGCUGGCAAGACAUGCAGCAGCCAUAGGUGCUAGUGGUAUUGCUGCAAUAGCUCCCUCCUUCUUCAAACCCACAAACAAAGAUGAACUGAUUGCCUUCUUACAGAAGAUUGCAUCUGAAGCCCCUGCAGUUCCAUUUUAUUAUUAUCACAUUCCUUCACUGACAGGUGUGAAGAUUCGUGUUGAAGAGUUGCUGGAUGGAAUUAAAGAGCGGAUCCCCACCUUCCAGGGCGUGAAGUUCAGUGACACAGACCUCUUGGACCUUGCACAGUGUAUAAACAAGAAUGAGAGAGAACAGUUUGCAUUUCUUUAUGGGGUGGAUGAGCAACUGUUGAGUGCACUGGCAGUAGGGGCAAGUGGAGCAGUUGGAAGUACCUAUAACUAUUUGGGCCGAAAAACCAACCUAAUGUUGCAGGCCUUUGCAAAGCCAGACCUCCUGUUGGCACGGAAGUAUCAGUUUCUCACUGGGGAAUUUCUCAACUUUGUCAUCAAACUAGGUUUUGGUGUUGCACAGACUAAAGCUGUAAUGACUUUUGUUUCUGGCAUUCCUAUGGGACCUCCACGGCUUCCACUUGUUGAUGCCUCUGAGGAGUUCAUCAUCAAGGCCAAAGCCAAGCUGGAAAACAUUGUGUGGCCUGAUGGCAACUGAUGUCCACGUCUAUGUUGACCUGGAAGUGGAAGCUUCUUUUCUGGGCUUUGCUGCCACUUAGCAUAUGCCCCACAUGAUGGGCUACAAUUUCUUUCAGGGAAUUAGCAAUAUGCCUGAGGCUUUUCCUGUUAGGGCUGGCUUUGGUGAUGUACAUGAAGUCAUCUUUUUAUGUAACCUUACUCCCCUGGAGCUCUACACAUCCCAGGACUAGCUAAUGUCUUUUAAUAGAAAAUUUUAAAAGCAAACUUCCCCCAGUGUAAGGAUCCUGACUCCUUUGGUCUAGAAAGGAGGAGGAUCUAUUUCCACCCUCUCUCCCACUCCAUCAUACUUUGUCCUUUCCCUUCAUGAGCAUUUCAGGUGCUACAAUGGGUUUUUAAACAUUGGUCUGACACCAUUUGGGUGCUGAGGCUUGUAUUUUACUGUUUAUCACUAAGUCAUUGAGACACUGAUUAUACAUAGAAAAUCCUGAGUUUGUCUGAUCUCGUCUUUGUACAUCUUAAUGAAAAAAAUUAAAAACUCUUUAUGUGUCAUGGUUUAGGCCUCAAGUACCGAAGAGGCUGAGAAUUGCCUAAGGGCAGGGAGAGCUUAAUUGCCGCUUAAGGUUCAGGACAAAACAGACCAGGCUACUCGGCUUGGGGAAGAAAACAGAAAAUAAUUUAAUGCAACAUCAACUAAAAUAUAACCGUAAAACCCCAAACAUAACCAAAAUAAAACACAGAGUAAUACAACAAUGAAGUGUCUGACCAG